CAUGCAAAACGAUAUGGAAAUAUAUACACCAUGUUUCUAGGGCAUAUCCUUGUAGUAGUGCUGUCUGGAUUCAAAACUGUGAAGGAAGGAAUGACCAGCUUCUCAGAAGAACUCUCUGAUCGACCAUAUGAUGCUUUUUUGAAUGUUUUAACGAAAGGAAGGGGAAUUGUUCUUUCAAAUGGCCCCACCUGGAAACAGCAGCGACACAUCGGCAUCACUGCUUUGCGGAAGCUGGGCCUGGGGAAAAAAAGCAUUGAGCACCAGAUAGAAGAAGGAGCUCGGAAGCUGGUAGAGGUCUUCACACAAACAAAAGGAGAGCCAUUUGACCCUUCAUUUGCAGUACUAAAUUCAGUUUCUAAUGUCAUAUGUGCUUUGAGUUUUGGACAUCAGUUUGCUCCUGAAGAUGAAAAUUUCCAGAAGCUAAUUCAAGCCCUGAAAAUUGAUGUGAAAUUCACUGGUGACUUUUUCCAUAUGGUGUAUAAUUUGUUCCCAAGGUUAAUGGAUUGCCCCCCAGGGCCUCACAAGGAGGCCAUGGCUUCUACGGAGUUGAUCCUUUCCUUUGCAAAGCAGGAAAUAGAGAAACACAAGGAAUUCCACUCUCUGCAUGAGCCACAAGAUUUCAUUGAUCACUAUCUUCUUCAGAUGGAGAAGGUAUGGGUUUCUUGU